ACUCAUUCAGCUAGCCAUCAGCACCGGCUAAGUCUAUUCAGUCCCGCUUGACCGUUCAUUGAUAGUGCGCAGCGGCGGUCGCGCGCGUAAGUGGUUCCCAUUCGCAUUCAAGGUCACAUCGGUUUGAUCUCGGUAAAUUCUCAGUUUCAAUCGAAGUUCGCGAUUACCAUCAGCAACCAUGGAAGCAUUGUCCCAAGCGCUGCAGCCCUACAAGGAACUGGUGGGAAAUGUGGCAGGUAUAGUCACAGUCCUGCAGAUGUUCAGCGGUGCGUUCGUGUGCAAUGACAUACGCCGGAAGGGAUCCUCGGACGGAUUUUCGCCCAUGCCAUUCAUCGGCGGUUGUGGACUCACGAUUCUCUUCCUGCAGCAUGCCCUGCUGAUGAAUGACCCGGCCAUGAUCAACGCCAAUGUGGUCGGUUUUGCCAUUAGCGUUGUCUACUCGACGUUCUUCUACCUGUACACUCCACGGCAGAGCAAGGGCGAUUUUUGGAAGCAGCUGGGAAUGGCCGGAGCACUGACGGCGGCCAUGAUUGGCUAUGCGCAGAUCGAGAACCCCGCGGUGGUGGAGGAUCGCUUUGGAAUGAUCAUCACGGUGCUCAUGUUGAUGCUGAUUGGGCAACCGUUGUUUGGAUUGCCGGAAAUCAUUCGCAAGAAGAGCACCGAAGGUCUACCGUUUGCCAUGAUUCUUUCCGGUACGGUAGUCGGAUGCAUGUGGCUUCUGUACGGAAUUAUUCUGAACAAUACAUUUGUGAUUCUACAAAAUCUGGCUGCAAUUUCGUUGAGUGGGGUUCAGCUCGCACUGUUCGUGAUAUAUCCUUCAAAGGAUUCGAAGAAGAAAAAGCAAUAGGCAGGCUUUUUUUUGUAAAUCAUUUUUAUAAAUACAGUAUUAGUCGCAUUGGUGCUAAACUAUUGUAGUCAUCACAUGUUUGAUCACAAACGUGCAAUAACAAAUCCGGCAGUGUCA